GCUGGGAGAUGCUGCAUGCAGAUUCUGCUGCACCAGAAGCGAUGGACCAGCAGAGCUGUGGUGUCCCUGCAGCACAGAGUGGGGUCAGCACGUGUUGGUUGGAAAUGUCACUCCUGGGUUACAGGUGAUGGCCAGAACCUGGUAACAGAAGAUGUGACGGUAGUGGAGGGGGACGUUGCCACCAUCAGCUGUCGAGUCAAAAACAGCGACGACUCCGUGAUUCAGCUCCUCAAUCCCAACAGACAGACGAUUUAUUUCAGAGAUUUCAGACCACUGAAGGACAGCAGGUUUCAGCUGGUGAAUUUCUCCAACAGUGAGCUCCGAGUGUCGCUGACAAACGUCUCUAUUUCUGAUGAAGGACGGUACUUCUGCCAGCUCUACACAGAUCCCCCGCAGGAAAUUUACACCACCAUCACAGUGCUUGUCCCACCACGCAAUUUGGUCAUUGAUAUCCAGAAAGAAAUCGCUGUUGAGGGAGAAGAGAUUGAGCUGAACUGCACUGCCAUGGCCAGCAGACCAGCAACCACCAUCAGAUGGUUCAAAGGAAACAAGGAGCUGACUGGCAAGUCAGAAGUGGAGCAGUGGUCUGAUAUGUACACAGUGACCAGCCAGCUUUUGCUGAAAGUGGGGCGGGAGGACGAUGGGGUCCCUGUCAUCUGCUUGGUGGAUCACCCCGCUGUCAAAGACUUGCAGACACAACGCUACCUAGAAGUCAUGUAUAAGCCUCAAGUGCGGGUUUCUCAGAAUUACCCAGUGCAAGGCCUCACGAGAGAAGGGGAGCCGCUCGAACUGACGUGCGCAGCUUUUGGAAAACCACAGCCUACGGACAUGAGGUGGUUAAGAGUAGAUGAUGAGAUGCCUCAACACGUUGUAGUGUCUGGUUCAAACCUUCUCAUUAGUAACCUAAACAAAACAGAUAAUGGUACAUACCGCUGUGAGGCUUCAAACGCGGUGGGGAAAUCACAUGCGGAUUACAUGCUGUUUGUAUACGAUCCCCCCACAACUAUCCCUCCUCCCACAACAACCACCACCACUACCACCACCAUCCCUACCACCAUCACAGACACAACGGCGACGACAGAACCAGCAGUUCACGGCUUUACUCAGUUGCCAAAUUCCGCAGAGGAGCUGGACUAUGGGGAUCUCUCAGGUACUGGCGUCCUGCUAAAUGCUUCAACGGAGGCUCUGCCAACUGUACAAAUAAGUAAUGCAUCUAUUGCCUUGCAUCCAGGUAGCUAGUUCCCAGUGCCGCGUUCACUUGUGUGUGUCUGUGCCUCUCAGAGCUGUGCUCCUAACGUAGGAUGUACGGGACAGAGGCGUUUGUCUCACACUUCCGCAGCACAGAUUGACUUCUGAUUCUACUGCAGCGUUUUUUCAGCCCUGUAGUGUUACAGAGACAAUUCCUGCAGUGCUGUGAGUGACAAGUCCAAACUGCUUUGUAUUGGUGUGUGUAUAUACGUACGCACGCACAUAAAUAUAUAUGCUGCUGUGUGUGAUGAUUGCAGUAAUCCAGUUAAUCUAAUUCCGUACAUCUGUAUUUUCGGGCCCCUCAGGUGCAUUAUGGUCUUCUUGUUUGUCUCAGCAGUGUUGAUACACAUCUUGUAAAACACUGAACAAUCAAGAAAGACCCGUGUAGCCUUUACAUCUGGUUUGAUUAACUAAUCAAAACCUGAUUAGCACCUUUGUUCAAGGGGUUGCUGAUUAAUCAAUUACUAUUGAUUGUAAGUGUCGCUCCAUUUUCUAGCGGAGGGAAGUCUGAAGAAACAACCAAUAAACAUUGAGCAGCUGUCAUAGUGAUUAAAUUUAUUAAAACAAAAUGCAUUCUUUUUUAUGAAGCGAGCUUAAAAUGGGUCACUGAAGAGAAGCUUAUUGAUUGAAGAAGGAUGAACUCCUUGAAUUUCUCCAGCUUAAAUUAGACCAAAUUCAAUUACGAUACGACGAACAGGUUGACACUACUCUUUAACAGUCCAUCAAUAAAUUAGAGUAGGGGUAGGAGCAGCACACUUAAUGCUGGACUAUAGCAAUGAAUAAUAUUAUUGCUCAUCCUGCUGUGCAGGCAGUGAUUACUAUCUCCCAGCUGGUAGAUGAGCACUGAUGAUUAUUUUCCAGUGGUUCUGAACUGAAGACACCCUGUUCUCCCUGCUCUGCCCACCGACACCCCAACGGCUGCCCCACGUUUUAGUGAUGUUCCUUGAUGUCAAAAACGUGGUUCUCCAAAAGGAUUCACCAGCAAUUUGUCAAAAGAGCAGCCAGUGGGAAAAUGUCAGCACCAACCUGGUUUCUGACCUCUUAGAAAAGGGGAAUAGUUGGUUCAUCCAGCGAGGUAAAGUCGUUGCACCUAACUCAUGACCAUGAGGGAGGUAUGGAGACUUGCAUCGUUUUGGUGUUUUAACUGCAUAAUAGGCAAAGCUUUAAGAAGAAGAAAAAAAGAUUGAUGAGUUGGGAACUCUUGAAAGAAGUGGAUUUAGGUUUUCCCCAUCAUGAUGCGUUUAUUGCAUCUGGGAAGCAGGGUAGCUGUCAGUGGAGCUGCUGUGUAUACACAUACGUGUGUGCACACAAAUUAAACCCAUGUUCUCCAGUGUCCACAGCUUGAAAUUAAUUUUCACCAAGAAAUAAAAGAGAAAUUUUUGUGCGAGUGCAGGAAUAAGUCUAAAUAUGCCAGAAUUCCUAUCUGUGCUACGUGCUUGUGAAAAGAACUCCAUCCGUUUUCUGCUUUAAUAGCACAAAUGGCUGCAGAAAAAAAGUUCAGAGCUGUUCAGAUGUCACAAAGUGGGGCUGUAGAUCAGAACUCAGCCAGAAUUGGCUAAGGAAGUGGUGGAGUCACUGUCCCCAGAGGUGUUUAAGGAAGGGAUAGGUGCAGUACUGGGGGACGUGUGGCAAUAGUGGCGGUAGGUGGAUGGUUGGACCGGAUGACCUUACAAGUCUUUUCCAGCCUUUGUGAUCCCAUGACUGGUAAUAUCUCCUAAAGCUUUGGUUAUUUCAUGUCACUGGUAUUUAAAGAAAUGGAGCCUUAAUCAGAAGCAGUGCUGGAGCACGUGGGGUAAAACAGUGAGCCAUGCUGCUCAAGGUAAAAGCAAUACCAGAAAGUGAGGACUAGCGUGAAGUCGCUCUGGAGUUUUUCAGCUAAAUAAAAUGAUUUGUUCCUAAUAGCUCUGAAGCUUUUAACUCAGAUGUGAUUGAUAUGUAAUUAAAAACUAGCUAGUAAAGUCAGUCAGGUCCAAUCUGGUCCUUUCUUUUUAUCUUGAGAUGCUAUCACUUAAAAAGAAGAGCUGGCAUAUACAUUCAUAUAUGCGUAUAUGUGUGUAUAUAUAAAUAUGCAUAUCUCAAAGCCUCAUUAAAACCAGAAUUGAUUGGAGCCUAUUCAUUGAGUAGCUGGGAGGAGAAAAGCUUUCAGUAAGCUAAACCUUGCUGUAAGAGCUUGACCCACAUUAUGAGGAUAUUACUAUUAAAAUCUGCCAGCUUUUUUUUUUCCAUGCUCCCGAGGCUGCACUAAGUGAUCUAUUUUUAAGCAAUUACUACUGCAAAAAUGCUAAGAGAAUUUGAGAUUAUUAUUAACACUUACUUAAAAAAUAAUAAUAAUAAAAAAUCCUACUAAUCGUAAGUCACAUAACGAAGAUUCGUCUGGCUUAAAAUAGGGAUCUCAGCUGAGAAUAUUCAUAUGAGAGAUAAUCAACAUCAGUGUCUCCUAUGGGUUCCUCGUUACCUGAGUCACUUUCCAUGCUCAGAUACUGGGGCUGACGAGUGUCAGUUUUGCCACCUGCAUGGGUUUGUCCUCAAGCCAGGAGAAAAGUGAGCAGAGCAGCAUGGGUGUGCUGCCAAGUGCUGGAUGCUUGCUUAGGACUCUGUGUAUUUAAUGCUAAGGGAGUUAGUAUGGAGUGGAGUAGGAACCAGUCACAAAAUGUCUUUCUCUGUGUAGUGUCUGAACAAAUCACACUUUCUGUUUAAAGGAAAACUUCAGGACUCUCGUUGGGAGUGCUGUCAUUUAUUGUUGUCAAUUAAAGUGGCGCUUGGUUAAAAUAAUGAACAAAACCUCGUUUAAAAGCUCCCAAAGUUUAUCGGCCGCAAUUUUAAAUGGGACUGCAGUGCUCUCUGCUGCUGUAUAUUGUGCUGCAUCUCAUGCUGAGAAGUUCAGUGCUACAUCAGGUAAAAAUAUGGCAGGGCACAGUCGUCCUCUUCUCAACGCAGUAGUUUAAAACAAAAAAAUUGAUUUUUUUCCCUGCAUAUAUUGACUUACCGUAAGCAGACGGUGCCAUUAUCACUGCAGUUUUCCUUUAAGGUGCUUUGAUAUAAUCCGCCCUAUUUGGAUCACAUCAAAGCACCACCCUCUGAAACGGGGUCCAGCUGAGGUGCAACGUAGCUGUGGAGUAGCAGAAUAGUUGUGCAUGUUGUCCCCAACAUGCAGCAGUGUCUCUGUGCUGACUCCUUCCAUCCCUCCCUGCAUCCCUCCCCCCUUCCACCCUAAGAAAACACAAGCAAAACAGAAAACAAAGCCAUCGUAGAAACAUUCUGACUAUUGGAUUUAAAGGCCAGCGUGCUCCAAUAUAUAUUAACAUCUUAAUGGGAAAGCUCUGCAUGUAUACAUUUACUACUCUCUGACAAGAGGGAAUUAAAUGUCAGAAGGAUUUGUAGCAUCUAUAAUUGAAUUGGUGCUGAGAAAAGCAAAUCUUAAGGAAGAAUAACAUAUUAGGAUUAGCAAAUAAUGUGGCAUUUUGUCAGUUCCUGCCAUCUCAUCUGUUCCCUCUUCAGUAAUAAAGUUGUGAUUUCUUUUUUUAAUCAUAGAUAUGAAGCGGGAAUAGCUUUUGUGAAUCGGAGACAGCAUUUUAAAGCAGAUUCUGGUUUUUAAGGUCAAGUUUGUCUUUCUUGGCACAAAUUUGGGAAUGAUUCCCCACUCCGAAGUCUCAACACUUUGUUACCGAGGGAAUAAUGAGUGGCAUCCAUUACUGAUGCUCAUUCAAUAGGAAAUAAUCUGCAACCUGGGAUUAUUUCUGCUGGGCAGCACCCCAAAGUAAAGGCAGUAGGAACCCCUGUGAGCCCCAGAAGAUGCAGAGUGAUGACUUUCUACUGCCUUGUGCCUUCUUCCCUGUUAAAAAGGAGAAACAAUUUGGCGAGAGGGCUUCCGCUUUGAAAAAUCUGAUUUUUGUGCUAUUUUAAUUUGCAAGUGGUUCCUUCAGAGAGCAAAUCGAUGCAACGUAGGAAGGACAGGAAGAGGAGUUAAUUCCAGUAAGUGCAGGGGUUGUAGUGCUUCUAAAUGCGGUGCAUUUAUUUUUAAACAGAGCUCCUGCCUGUUUUGUCCAGCACAUUCGCAAUUAGACACCAAGAGCCAUUCCUUGGGUAAUUAAUAUGUAAAUAUAAAUAUAUCUUUAAAGUCAGAAGUGCACCAUCGGCGGCUGCACGGUUGGGUAUCGCAUGGUUUGCAGCCACUGUGGGGUUGGGUACAUCCUUCAUAGCUAACCUUGAUGAAGUAGGUAUUUAGCCAUGUACCUGACACAGUGAUUCUUGUCUGAAGCUGCAGUGGCCCCAGCACAGCCCAGGCUCUGGUUUUACCUGGUUGCUGUUGCAGCAGCAUCCCUGCCCCAGCGGGGUGGUCUGCUUGGCAUGGUGCUGCACCACCCCGGGCAUCAUUCCCAUCAGCGAGCAGGGAUAUCCUGCUUCUUGCCAAAGCAGCAAAUGCUGGGAAUUGCUCACGACACAGUUUGUUCCUACUGAAGAUGAUUUAAAAAAAAAAAAAAAAAGGAAGAAAAAAUGUCCUUUUUUAGAGGCAGUUUGUUCUGGCAGCUUGCCACAGCAAGUAGAAAUCCUUCAGUCGGGGCUCCAGGACGUGCACAACGUUCCUAAAUGCUUAUUGUUAUUUGUCUUCACCAGAAAGCUGGGAAGCAUUGACCUCAAAGGCAGCACUUCCCCUUGGUCGUGGAGCUGUUGACAGUUCAAGAUGUGUUAAUUCUCACAGAGCUGUGCAUAGGGCUUUUCCACCAAUGAAGUGUAUUCUGGGCGGUUUCACAAUUAAGUUUUAUCCUUUGAGUGCACUUUGGCAUUACAGUGUAAGGGAGAAUUUUUGCGUUUGGGUUCUCUGGGUCUCAUUUUUAUUCUGAUGGUGAAUUCCUGUGCAGUAACUGGCCCGUGGCACAUGUUCACUUUGCUGAACACCAGGCUUUAACAUGCAUCCUGGCUUGCUCCUCCCACUGCUAAGUGACCCGGCUUUGGGUUGUGUGGAAACAAAAGCCGUACGGUUUACAGCAGUGUCUUUUUUGUCCCGUUGAGUUGAGCUCAUUAGGCGAGUUCCUGGAAGGGGGUUCUCCCUUCGUUCUGCUCGCGGGCUGUUCUUUGUUUUAUCCCCCAGCGUGCACCAGAGCCUGGCAGCAUCAAACCAUUGUGUGUGCCAAAGCUGCUGCUUCGAAAAGUUGAAGAAAUACUCCAUGGUUUUUUCUUAAAUUGUUUUAAUUAAAGUGUGCUAUACAGCGCUCCCAGUCACGAGUUAUUUACUUGCAUCCCUUAGUGCUUCAUCUUAGAACAGAAUUGGAAAUAUCGAUAGAGAGCGUAAAUCCUGGGCUCCUGCUUGAGAGCAUUGUAUCAGGUUUCAGCUCAAAAGAGCACCAUUACCUUUAGCUGUCACGGAUCUGUACGCUUGAUCGAUAAACUUCAAAUAUUAUUAGAGGUGGAGGCUUCAGAGAUUUGCUCUGUUCUUUGGAGAGAGACCGGGAUAAAUCUUUCUUAAAAAUUGACUUGAAUUUGCACUCUCAGUCUUCCUGGUAAAAUGCAUUUCUCUUAGGUGCCUGGGCAGCUGCACGCAGGGCAGAUUUAUAGGCCAUGUGCUUCUUGUAGUGAAAGAUCUAAAUGGUAAAUCCUUCACAUAUGACUUCACAAAUCAUGUAAAGUUAAAAGAUUUUUACCGUUUCUGUUGCUGCUGUGCUUAAAUUGUAAGGUAUGGCCAGUAAAUCAUUUUAAUGGAGGUGUCGUGCUUGACUCAAUAAAAAAAAAAAAGAGAGACAAUGGUUUAGCUUCUAUUCCAAAAUGUUAAUGUAUUAAUCAACGGGAGAAUAAUUGUUUUUUACUACGUUAUAAAUCUCAGUUGCCAUUAGAAUUGCAGCGAGGGUUGAUGUAGCUGCGUUCUUAAAUUAAAAUUGUUUACACUGCUAUACAUUCAUUUUACAUGGCCAUAGCUCAUUCCGGGUUCAUUUUGGAGUUGUUCCUCAGCCAAAUAAGUCAUUCCUCUCCUGGUGAUGGCAUCGUAAGGGAGAGAUGCUUAUAAAAGAAAACUAAUUGCAUGGUGAGGAGUUAAAUAAAUAAAAUAAAGCAGUUGGAGGCGAUGCACAAUUAUUGCUCACUAUCUGCUUUUGAAGAGGUUUUUAUAGUCGGGAUUAAGAGUUUUGUGUCUCCGGACGUCGUGAGCUGUAAUGAACAGAAAAGGUCAUGCUUAAUUAUGUAAUUUUGAGUUCUUAUUGGGGGAGAUGAUGGCUGUAGAUGCAUUUACAGAGCUCGGUUGAUUGUUUCUUUUUGGGCUGAUGUUAAAGUGUUUUCACCGGGGCACUUGUUAAUGAUGUCUCUCCAGAGCUAACGAUUCACAUUGCCACAUUGUACCGCUACUUGCUGUGCCCUCUGCCCGUAAGGAAGACUGGAGUUUGGGGAGUAUCCUAGGGGAACCUCCAAAACCUCGUGCCCACCGAUGAUUCCACAUCUCUUCCCUUCCUUUCCCUGUCCCAGCUGUCCACCAGUAGUGGUAGUGCUGCUGCUUGUAGCGGGAGGCACCUGGCGAGGUAUCGGCCAGAUCAGUUCACCCUGAACUCAUCUGUCUGGAUAGCUCCACGCUUUAUCCCUUCUCCUUUGGAAAGCAGAAGGGUGGCUUUUCCAAACCGGAGGGCGGCUGCAACCAAAACCUUCACGUUGUCUCGUAAUAAGUCCCCAAUUCUUACUGCUCUUCUAAUCU